AAAUUCUUUGCAUCUAGUAAAGCAUGAACAUCCGUCUACAAACAGUCACAGUCUACAUCUACAACUUCAACUCGCCCGCAUAAUUGCUCUAUUUGAACACUUUUUUCGAGGAUCGUAAACAGUACUACGCAUACUACAUCCAAAAACGACACUGUAACUGCAAGCAACUUUUCUACAACAAUUUUACUGGUCCAGUUAUCUUUGUUCCUCGAUCUUGACCAUGACGUCCCUCUCCCUACGUAAGGUUUUCGCCGUUCUGUCCUCUCUGCACUUUGUUGCGCAGCACUUCUGCAUGAUGACUUCUACUGGUGUGCUCACGCACGUGCACGGGCUGCAGCUGGCCGGCAAAAAGCAUCGGUCCCGUUCCGCCGGCCCUACCGUCGGAGCGCGUGAACUACCGCUGCUGGCGGGAACAAACGGAAAUGCAGGAACGACCGCUGCUGCUGCUGCUGCAAGUAGUGCAGCUUCUAGCUCCGCUGCGGUUCCACCUGCCACCGCGACUCGUCGCCUUGCUCGAGAGGUUUCUAUUGCUACUGCCCAGGCUGCUACCGGUUCUCCCCGUGGUCCUGCUGCUUCUACUGGUCCAGCGCCUCGUCCUGCUGAACGUCAUGUUGAUCUCGGUGCAGCUGAUGCUGCUCGUCCAGCUGAUGCUCCACCUCGUCCGCGAGUUCCUGUCCCCGGCCCGCCUCGUCCCCACCGCCUGCCCGUCGUAGGCCUAAUGGCCCAUUGUGUAGGCGGCUGCUGCUGUUUCGACACAACGGCACUAGUGGGUGCAAACAGGGACACCAUCGACCGGCGCUUUUUGGCGGCCGAGGAGGCAGGAAAGGACUGUCGUGUUGGAGCGGCCUGCUGUGUUGGUUUUGGCUAUGCAUUGCAAAUAGUAUGUCUGGGUCGGGAAGACGGGUGCGGUGCAACACUGUGACGCAGCACACGACAGAAAACUGUCUUGCAUGAUCACCAAAAGCAGCCGUCCACUUUUGGACAAGUUGAGAAGAAGUCUGUCACGCAGGAUAGCGAUUUAAUAUGUAGGCAUGAUGGUGAUCACGAACAUCAUAGAAUUAAAAACCCCACAGAAUUCCGAUUCAUGCUAGGUCCUGCACGCCAGACCAUAUGGGGCGGGGGCCGGGGGGGCAGUGAAAACCUGCAUGACAAACCUAGCAAUCUUCCAGACCCAAACAUGUUUGCUCCUGAUAUAGGCGCUUCGGUGGCCGCCGGUGCCGGCAUUGGGUACCUUUGUGCUCCUAGUGCGACUGGCUGUGUGACAGGGGGAGGAAUGGCAGCAAUACUUCCUGGAGGUGUUUUCGGAGGUACGGGGGCGGCGUUGCUCCAAAGCGGGUGCAGCGAGUGGGGUACGGCGAAUUCGCGGUUCGAGGAACCAACUCCACAGCAAGUUAUCAAAUGCACAAAUGUCCGGGUCUGGAAGGUUGGAACUUGUGAUGCUAACUUUGGACUCUAAAAAAAUCUGUAUUGCAUGACCAGCAAGAGGAGGCUUGUUUGUGCUACGCGGGGCGGGCGUUUGUCAUGCGGAGUAGGCAUCAGGAUUCAGGAAGCCCUCUAAAAAUCUGCGAUGCUAGGUCGUGCAUUACAGACAUCCUGGGUCAUGCAAAACAUGCAUGACAAACAAGACCCACGCGUGGGGACAGGGUCCCCACGCUGGGGCCUUGUGCCCGCCCCUAGUGGCGCUAGUGGGGGAAGGGUGUUCGCCAUCGGGGCGGACAGCGUCCGCCCCUCGCCUCACACCAGGCGCGCGCAUAGUGACUUAGUGCGCGAAACGCUAGUGGGGGAGGGGUGUUCGCCAUCGGGGCGGACAGCGUCCGCCCCUCGCCUCACACCAGGCGCGCGCAUAGUGACUUAGUGCGCGAAACGCUAGUGGGGGAAGGGCCCUCACCUGUCGCGGCCACCUGUCGCGCCCACCUGUGAUGGCCACCUGUCGCGGUCACCUGUCGCGGUCACCUGUCGCGGUCACCUGUCGCGGUCACCUGUCGAGGUCACCUGUCGAGGUCACCUGUCGAGGUCACCUGUCGCGGUCACCUGUCAAGGUCACCUGUCGCCGGGGGUAUGCGUUACCAGAACCCGGAAGUCAAGCAAUGUAAAUAUUAAUCUCAGAAUCUUCCAGACCCAGACAUAUUUGCAUUUGAUACAAGUACUUAUGGCGCUAGGUGGGCACGAAGGGCUCUUCCCGGAUUAUUGAUUAGACGAAGAUGAAGAUCAUUGAAGGGUGAGGCCGAAGGAUAAUUACACGUAGCCGUGCUUCCACCGCGUGUGAAAAUCUACUGUAUGAUCUAUAGGUCUUAUUUAUGUCGAUGUCCAUGUCGGGUACUGUACAAUGUGUCACACAAGUUGUAGAAGACUUUUCUGCCUGAGUUGAUGCUUCAGCUCACCUUUGUCUUUCCAAUUCCUUUGCCUGGAACCGAGUGGACGAGGCGGAUUUUUCGUUUUCUGUAUUUAGAAUCGAAGUUACAUGGUGAAGAUCGCCGCUUUUCUACUGAAGUACUUAUCAUCUUUCGAGAUGAUGAUGAUGAUGAUGUCACGCUUUCGCUGUUGUUGUCGAUCUUGCUGCUGGUUUUCAAAUCUUUACCUGUUCGAUUCAUCUUGCAGGAUUGUAUGAUUUUUUUCUGGGUUUGUCGUGCAAGAGGACACCUGAGCAACAGGAAAGUUUGAUUACCAGGAAGCAAAAUCAAAUUUAUGUUUUAGCAUUAACAUCUAAGCCAAUGCGUUGUGCUUUCUGUUGGACCUUAUUCCCUGAGUCUGAAACGGACAGCCGUAUAGAAGUACACAUGCAAAAGUUGGAAAAGGAGAAGGACUAAACGGCGCACGAUCAGUCAUGCGCCGUCGAGUAGCCUGGAUUGUAUGAUUGGGAUGGGCGGGAGGAUGUCUUGUCUGAUCUGUGCAAAGCAACUAAGGGCUAAGACGUAAAGAACGCUUCUUCAAAAGGGCGGCAGUGCCAGUACUAGCGCUAGGGCUAGAUGCAGGAGCAAU